GUGAGUGUGUGUGUCUAGCUGACUGUGCCUGAUGAUUUUGUGUAAUUUGCUGUCUCCCUCACAGUGAAAGACCCACACGGUGUGUGUGUGCAGGAUGGACGGACAGCAGGAAGAGGAGCCGUCGGUCCGCUUGUUUCGGGAAUACCUGAGGAUCCAGACUGUCCACCCUCAGCCAGACUAUGAUGGUGCUAUUAAGUUCCUGGAGAGGAUGAGUGUGGAGCUGGACCUACCCUUAAAAAAGAUUGAGGUUCACCCAGGUCGGACCGUCGUCGUCAUCAGCUGGGAGGGGACGGACCCCAAGCUGAAAUCCGUUCUCCUGAAUUCCCACACGGAUGUGGUGCCCGUCUUUGAGGAGCAUUGGAAACACGACCCAUUUGCAGCUGUGAAAGAUGAGCAGGGCAAUAUUUAUGGCCGGGGGACACAGGACAUGAAGUGUGUCACCAUUCAGUAUAUUGAAGCAAUUCGGAGAUUGAAAUCAGAAGGGAAGCGAUUUCCAAGGACAAUUCAUUUGUUGUUUGUUCCUGGUGAGUCUCAAAGGGACAGAGUUUCCCCUGGGAAAGGCAUGCAGUGCACAGGGGCUGUGCAAUUUCCUUAUCAGUGUCGUUAUGGACGUAAAGUUCUUAAUUCGUUCUUGGACUUUCGAGAGAAGGAGAAGAAGAGGUUGGAUCUGAGUCAAUGCCUGACCCUGGGAGAUGUUACCACCAUCAACCUGACCUUAUUACAAGGAGGUGUCGCCUUUAAUGUUGUCCCCGAAGAGAUGAUGGCGAGCUUCGAUAUCCGUAUUCCCCCAACCGUGGAUCUGGAGGCCUUUGAAGAGCAAAUUAAGACAUGGUGUCAGGCUGCUGGCGAUGGAGUUGCAUACGAAUUUCACCAGAAAAUCAUGGACCAGUCAGUGACGUCUAUUGACAAGUCUGACCCCUGGUGGAACGCUUUCAGUAGCACAUGCCAGAAACUGUAAGUAAAGAUAGAUUUGUUCAUCAAACUGU